CGUCUCCCUCCUCCCUCCCAUUUUUCUGUCUCUCUCUCUCUCUGUCUCUGAGAGUCAGAGUCUCCUUCACCCUUCUCUCUCUACUUUCUCUCUCUACCUCAACAAUGGCGAGCCAUGGGCCAUGGCUCGCCUCGCUCCUCCUCGUCCUCCUCGGCGCGGGGUUCGCAUCGGGGCGAUUCGUGGUGGAGACGAGCAGCGUGCGGGUGAUCUCGCCGCAGCACAUCAGGGGCCACCACGACGCGGCGAUCGCCAACUACGGGAUCCCCAACUACGGCGGCACCAUGGCCGGCGUGGUCGUGUACCCCGACAAGAAGACCACGGGGUGCGACCCCUUCGAUUCCACCUUCAAGUCCAAAUCCCGUCGCCCCGUCAUCCUCCUCCUCGAUCGCGGAGAUUGCUACUUUGCUUUGAAGUCAUGGAAUGCCCAAAAUGCUGGUGCUGGCGCAGUAUUAGUUGCUGACAACAUAGACGAGCCUCUUCUCACUAUGGACACCCCGGAAGAAACCCGGGAUUCUGAAUAUGUUGACAAAAUUACUAUUCCCUCGGCAUUGAUAAACCGUGCGUUCGGGGAAUCUCUAAAGAAGAUGAUUGAGAAAGGCGGAGAAGAAGUCGUGGUUAAGUUAGAUUGGAGAGAAUCAAUGCCUCACCCUGAUGAAAGGGUCGAGUACGAAUUUUGGACUAAUAGUAAUGAUGAAUGUGGCCCUCGCUGCGAUGAACAAAUGGACUUUGUUAAGAAUUUCAGAGGCCAUGCUCAGCUUCUUGAGAAAGGGGGAUAUACUCAGUUUACACCCCAUUAUAUAACUUGGUUCUGUCCAGAAGCUUUUAAGCUUAGCAAGCAAUGCAAGAGUCAGUGCAUCAAUAAUGGGAGGUAUUGUGCGCCUGACCCAGAACAGGACUUUAGUGAGGGUUAUGAUGGGAAGGAUGUCGUGUUUGAGAAUUUGAGGCAGCUUUGUGUGCAUAGAGUCGCGAACGAGAGCGGUCGGCCAUGGGUUUGGUGGGAUUUCGUGACAGAUUAUCAUGUUAGGUGCUCAAUGAAGGAGAAGAAGUAUAGUAAAGAUUGUGCCGAGGAAGUUAUUAGAUCUUUUGCAGGUUUACCUCUGGAUAAUAUUUUGAAAUGCAUGGGCGAUCCUGAUGCUGAUACAGAGAAUGCUGUCUUGAAGACAGAGCAGGAAGUUCAGAUCGGCCAGGGUUCUCGUGGAGAUGUGACUAUCUUGCCCACUUUGCUUAUAAACAAUGUUCAAUACCGAGGAAAAUUGGAAAGAAGUGCAGUGCUCAAAGCCAUAUGUGCCGGUUUUAAGGAGUCCACAGAACCUCAUGUUUGCUUGAGCCCAGAUAUUGAAACAAAUGAAUGCCUUCAAUCAAAUGGAGGUUGUUGGCAAGAUCAGCACUUAAAUGUGACUGCUUGCAAGGAUACUUUUAGGGGCAGAUUAUGUGAAUGCCCAUUAGUAAAUGGUGUUCAGUAUCAAGGAGAUGGUUACACUUCGUGUAAAGCUGUGGGACCAGGGAGGUGUACAAUGAACAAUGGAGGUUGUUGGUCAGAAACCAAAGAUGGACUAACGUUCUCUGCUUGCUCGGAUGCGGCAUUGAACGGAUGCCAGUGUCCUUCUGGGUUCCAAGGCGACGGCCACACAUGCGAAGACAUUGAUGAAUGUAAAGAAAAGCUUGCAUGCUCCUGUCCUGAUUGCUCUUGCAAGAAUACAUGGGGCGGGUAUGAUUGCAAGUGCAAUCGUAACCUUCUGUAUAUAAAAUCCGAAGACACUUGUAUAGCAAAGAACACGUCGAGGCUUGGGUGGUUCUUAACUCUCUUAGUUCUAUCAUGUGUGGUUGGAGCCGGAGUAGCAGGCUACAUAUUCUACAAAUAUAGACUAAGGUCAUACAUGGAUUCCGAGAUCAUGGCAAUUAUGUCUCAGUACAUGCCACUCGACAACCAUCACAACGAUGCCCAACCUCUUCGACAAGAUUCAGAAGCAUAAACAGGAACAGAGAUUGUUGUAAAUUUAUAACAAGUACACGGAGAUUCUUCAGAGAUGGUGCCGCAGAUUUUCAAAUUUUUGAAACUAUCUACAAAAAUCUUUUUCUUAUUUCUCAAAAAUGUUGUUGUAAGAUGUCAAUGAAUUUGACACUGCAUGUGACAAAAAUAAAAAUUUAGACUUUUUCACUACCCAAUACUCAAUUUUAUCACUGUAAACUUCGAAUUGUGGAUAUUCUUUAGUUACUGAAAUUUGUCAGAACUUUUUUAAAGAACUAGAACUAGAACUGGAAUGAAGAAAUCAUAAUGCGACAAAGAACACUAUUUUUAUGUAA